AUCAUAACUUCCCUCUCUAUAUAAGUUGGCUGAGAAGAUGAAUUUCCUACAGGCUGUCUCUUUACUGGAAGCCUCAAUUCUGCAAAAAUGAGGACCAUCUUGGCCUGUCUUCUUGUUCUCGCUGUCAGUGUGCCACUGUCCAAUGCUUCUUGCUUCUUUGAACUACCCAAGCCAGGGAUAUCUGAUGGCUGCCUUGACUCGAAAAAAGAGCUGCAUCAAUUUGGAUCCCAGUGGAGGACAGAUGACUGCUUUGAUUGCUACUGUUCCAGAGACGGAAUUCAGUGCUGCGCUAGCUACGGAACACCAGUUGGCUAUGAUGAAGAGAAGUGUGUAAGAAUUUUCAACAAAAAGACCUGCUCUUACAAAGUAGUGGAGAAAAAUGAUCAGUCAAAAGAGUGUCCAGUCAAUCAGUGGGUGGGCUAAUACAGAAGACUUGUGGAUUUGGGGGAUAUUUUGUUUGAUUGAUUUGUUUUUGUUUGAAGGGUUCUAUCAUAAAUUCGAAACCACUGAAAAACACACACCUGUUGAGUGAAGUCUGCUCAUAAAAUCUAGCACACAAUAAAACUGGCUAUCUGCUCACAAAACACUUCCUUGGUUUCUUUGCCUUCUGCUUCCCCAUGAAGAGAGAUCAGACUUAUUCUUGCCCUGAGAAAAUAAAUUAAAGGUAACAAUUUUAAA